CGCCCCCCAGUGGGGAUCGGGCCCACAACUCGGGCAUGUGCCCUGACUGGGAAUUGAACUGGGACCUCUCAGUCAUGGGACAUCUCUGAGAGAGUUUUAUGACAAGGGGAUUGCCUAUCACUGUGCCAUCAUAGAUGGGGGAGAAAAAAAAGAGAGGGACCCUUCUCCACCAAUCUCCAUAAAUGAUCCUUUAUGCUAUUUGUGGUUUACAGAAAAUGAUUGUCAGAGACUAAUGUCCGGGCAGCAGAGAGGGUCACUAUGUCACCUUGAAUUCUCUGAGCCAGCCAGCAAAGAGUCCACCCUGCUGACGUCAAGCCCUGCCAAGGAUACUGGUUGGUCCUGGCCCACACAAGGCACUACCAGUAGGCGUGGAAAUCCACAUCACAGAACCUAGGGCUUCUGGAACAGAAGAGCAGGCACCCAGUUCAAAAGCUGUCUCGCCUAUCGGGGACAGAUGAAUAGCACACGCACAUCCUGCCCCCAACAUGCAGAGGUCGCCUGUGUAUCCUCAGUGUUGCUAGCCUUCAUUGUAUUUGCGGUAACAAUAGCGUUACAUUAGGGUGCAAACUUCCCUCCCUUGUAUAUCUAGGAACUUACUGGAUUUUCAGGGUUGUCCCUUCCAACAGAAAGUGACCUUCUGAAAACUCCUCGGAGCUCUCCGGCAGUGGAGCCCAGCUGGGGCCCCUGCUCCACAUCCGCCCCUCACCCGCUUCCGUUCACAGCUGGCGGUAUGUGCUGACCCCAGGCAGCUGUCAGCUCAGCUGGCCUUGCCCCUCGCUGUCCAUGCUCUGCAGCUUGCAACUGCUCUGAAGCAAGAGGUCACAUUGCUGUUGCCCUUGUGUCACAUUCAGGUUUCUGUCCCAACAAGUUAAGUCUGUGAGCCUGUUUUUUUAGUUUCAUCAAAACACUGCCUGGCCAACGCCCCACAUAUUGGCAGAGCUGGGAUGGCGUCCGAGUUCUUCUUCCUGGAAACCCCUUCAGGCUUUUUGUUGGGCUCCAGACCUUCCUCUCUGAUCCUCUGCCACAGUUCGCUGGCAAGUUCUCAUAUUUCUCAGCCGCGUGAUUCCUCCCUUGGAAAGGCUUCCAGCGCCCACUGCAGUGAACUGCAGAUGCAAAUGGAGGCUACAGCGGCAGAGUGUGGGGUGGACAGGGGCAAAGAGAGGCUGUCCAGGCCCAGAGCUGGUCACAUCCCCACUCAGGAGGCCCCAUCUGUCCCUCCACUACAUUGACCAGGAGAAUGUUUUACUCUUGUAAUUAAAAGAAAAUAAACAUUUGAAUGCCAGAGUGUGUGGAAGGAAUUAAUUAACUCAGGUCAGUGUUUUUGCACUUGAGGGACCUUGAAGGAAUGUCCACAGGGCACGGGGCACAGAACUGCAUGACUCUGGCUGGGGUCCCACGUAAACAGUUGAGUUAUUCCCAUCUGGAAUGAGCAGGUUUUCCUUAAGUGUGGGCCUGCCUUCAUGCUUUGGAGUCUCCUAAGUAACAACAACAACAGGCCAUGUUUUGCAUUUAUUUCUCCAGAGAAAGGCAAUUAAGUAGAUUUAUACAGGGGAAAAACUUCCUUACCCUCAGCAGUUAAAAGUGAAAACUGAAAGGAAAGAGCUUGCAAAGACUUCCUGUUUUUCUUCGUAAGGUUAACCAGUUAUCAGCAGGAAGUGUUCUGGAUGGUUAGGGGUGUGCAUGCGUGCGGGAGGGCAUGCGUGCGUGCGUGCGUGUGUGUGUGUUUGGGGCAUAUAUGUUUAACAUCAAGCAAGGACUUUGUUGACAACAGUGAUCUGCCUAUUAUAAAUGUUUAUUCUCAGUGAGGAGGAGGUAGCAAAACUUCAAGUGGUGUUUCAAAUCCCUGCCGGUAAAUGAACCCCUAGCUAGUGUGAAUAUUUAAUAAGGCAGCAUCCCGAUUUUUAGUGGCAGUACGAUCCAGUCUCUGCCAACCAAGAAAAGUAGAAGUCACAAUAAUUAGGGUCUCCUCAGACAACCAAAGCUGAGAUCAAGAAACAGAACAUGACCUGAACUUCGAAUGGUUUGUCUGAUUUUUUUAGGAUCCUUACAUUGAAACAGACUCUUCUGCCUACUUUGUGUCUAGGUGGGAUUCCACUUUUAGAAUGAGAUCCAUACCAUGUCUGAACUGAACAGGACCUCAAAGGUCACCACAGUGAACCACUUCAAAUCUCAGAUGAAGGACAGACACAGAAGAGAAGCAGACAUUUGUUGAGGGACACACAACUAGCUGAUAGCAGGGGCAGUCAAGGGCACUGUGCCUCAGGAUGUCUGGCCCACACCGGUGAUGUUUCCACCACAUUCAACUGCUUACUUUUUAUUCAAAGGACAAAGGACAGCAUGUCUACUUUUAUUUCAAGCCCUGAGCUUAUCCAAGAUGCAGGACAAGUACUUCAAAAGUAGCAUCGCUUGCCUCUUUAAGGAGGAUGGUGGCUCUUGGGACCCUACUGAGGAGGAGAGUAUGGACGAUCUCUGCUGGCAAGUAAGGUGGGAACUACGUCAGUUUGUUAAAAAGAUAAGAUUGACAACCAAUGAAGAAACCAUUUCUACAGGUCCAGAAAAGCAAGCUGGUCCUCGGCUAAUGACAGGACUUCAGAGAGCAGCAGCUCACAUAACGGGGAACAGACGGAGCGCAGCCUCAUUACCAGUCCCAAACUCAAAGAAUGAAAAAGCUUUGGGCCAGAAAAUAACCUCCUGGGAGUCAUCAAGAAACGGACAUUCAUUCUUAAAUAAUUUGCACCUGAGGAAAGGAGAGUUGGUUGUCCAUCAAACAGGGUUUUAUUAUAUCUAUUCCCAAACAUACUUUCGAUUUCAGGAGGAUCCUCCAACAGUAGGGAGCAGAAGGAAAAACAAACAAAUGGUACAAUAUAUUUACAAAGUCACAAGUUAUCCUGACCCCAUACUGCUAAUGAAAAGUGCUAGAAAUAGUUGCUGGUCUGAAGACGGACAAUAUGGACUCUAUUCCAUCUACCAAGGUGGAAUAUUUGAGCUUCAAGAAAAUGACAGAAUUUUUGUAUCUGUAACUCAUGAGCAACUGAUUGACAUGGACCAACAAGCCAGUUAUUUUGGGGCCUUUUUAGUUGGCUAGACGAUCUUCAACAAAAAAUAUAAAACAGUGCCCUCAAAAUGACCUUUCACUUUAGGGUGAUAUAAUGUGACAAUAGUCCACCUGAGCAGUCACAGAGCAUAUCACCCAGAAAGAGAGCAAGCGAAAGGGGAACAUCAGUAUGAGAGAAAUAUCUAUUUGUUUCCUCCUGGACAAGCCUGGACCAGGAAUUGAACCUACAAUAUUUUUGGUCCACCUGAAGAUGUUCCAACCAACGAAGCCACCCAGCCAGGGACUCUCUGGUCCCUGCCAACACUCUCACCACUGAGGCAAACAUGAUGUUUGAGGAUGCACUGAUGCGCCCUGGCUGGUUUGGCUCAGCGGUUAGAGCGUCGGCCUGCGGUCCAGAGAGACCCGGGUUCGGUUUCCACUAAGGGCACGUACCUCGGUUGCAGU